GCCCUGGAAUCCUCCCAGGGCCAGAAGUUCCGGCAGAUCUACCUCCUCUUGGCGCUGGAAUCCUCCCAGAAGUUCCCGCAGAUCUACCUCCCCUUGGUCCUCCUAUCGAACAUAGACCGCCAAGUCGUCCAAGAUCGCAGUCACCUGGUCCGAGGUCGUUCUUUCAAGGCUUGUUCGGCUUGGGUGGUUCCAGAGAAGCGAGUGCUCAGCUACCGUAUGAGAGAGCUGGGAAUGGAUGCGGUUAUGAUCAAGGCAUACCACCUCCACCACAACUUCCCCCUCAACCACAUUCACAUCAAUUUCAUUUACAACCUCCUCAACCUCCACCAGCUCCAGGUGAUGCCGUACGAGCUCCUGUUGCGACUGAUGGCAGCGUUCUUCUUACGCUGGCAAAGGGCUGUGAAGCCUGGCUAUAGUGAACUUCCUCUACUACCAGAUUAUCAACCUGGCACUGGAAGCAUCGAUCUUCUCAGCUGGAUAACACACAUCGGUCCUAUGAUGGAGGAUCUCAGUGACACCAGUGGGGCUUGGUGGGAAGCUACUAUGAACGAUGUCCUCCAGUGGUACCAACAGUUUGCAUCGUCGUCGCCUAUUGCUCGUCUCCAGCUUCGACCAAGACCGGCCACUCCUCUCAAGGCAGAAUGGGCCCGAGUAGAGCGGCGAGCUACAGCGAUGAUGUUGAGCGCAGUGCCGAAGCAGGUCAGAGAUGAGGUUAUAGCCAGCGGCGAGGUCACGAGUUUGGGUUUGCUGUGCAAGCUAUACUCGGUGUAUCAGCCGGGCAACUUGCAGGAGAAGAGCAUCGUCCUGAAGAUGCUGGAGCAACCGGAAGAGUGCCAGACGGCGUUGGCAGCAGUGGAAUCCCUGCGGAAGUGGAAUCUCUGGCGGAGGAGAGCGGUGACCAUCGGGAUCACUGAACCCGACCCAUCAAUACUUCUUCGUGGCCUUGACCGCAUCACUGGUGCAGUGGUCCGUGGAAGUGGGGAGUUGGCGUUCCGGGUGAGUUUGAUCAGGAGUACCUUGCAAGUUGAUGUUUGCCCCAGCACCCAAUCGAUUACCUCCUUCAGCCAACACUUGCAGGCCGAGAUGGAGCAGCACGCGAGAUUGGGAAUGACCAAGAGCGAUGAGCUUACGUCCUUGAAG